AUGGGUAACUACAUCCCACGCCGGGCUCUAUACAACAAUGGUAAAGUCAGAGUCAUACUCUCUGAUGGCAAAGUUCAUGAGUUCGAUCAACCUCUGGCUGUUGCAGAGCUCAUGUUAGAGCACCCACAAGAAGUUGUGGUUGAAUUCCAGUCCCUCCUAACUGGAAACAGACCAGUUCCAUUGCCCGCGGAUAAGAGGCUGGAAACACACAAAAUCUAUCUAAUGCUACCAAUGAAGGGAGGGAAGGCAGCAUCACUAACAGCAGAUGGUGCACGCCAUAUUCGUUCCAAGGCCAAGAUACUCUUAAGAUCACAGUCUCUUGUUUCGUCAGCAAAGAUACUCCCCUUAUUCGCCCGGAUAUGUCCGUCUGGAAUUGGAAUGGGAAUGGAAGGUGAUGUGGUUGUGUCUCAUGGACAGGAUUGUAGUCAGCUGGAGAAACCAGAUAAGGUUUACAAGCUGGGGAAUCUGUUGGAGGACUUCGAUGAGAAGCCAGAGUUUCUGAGCAGGCAAUUAUCUGGUAAGGGAUGGAAGCCCACGUUAGACACCAUCAAGGAGAAAGCUAUUGAGAAGAAGGUCCCUCAUUGGUUGUUUUAG